AAGAAAAAAAUACUUCAUUAUCAUCCUUUACACCUCAGCUAUAUGAUGAACCAUUUUUAAAUCCUAUUACAAGAUCAAAUAGUCCAGUAUCAGAAAGUAGAAGUAUAACUGAUAAUAAAACUUAUAAUAAGCCUAUUUUAAAAAAAACUAAAUUAAGUAGAAGAGAUGGUUCAAAAAACGAAGCUAGGUAUGAAAAUAUUUUGUAG